CAAUAGUCUGCAAAAUUGAAAAUCGUUGGAUGAAAUUCUUGUGGCAAUCGAUGAAUUCCAUUGUUCUGCAUUCGACACAACUGCUGAACUACACCACGCUAACGCUAUGAGACGCAAUGUGAAAGUAUUUGGUAUCAUUUCCAUAACCUGGAUUGUGGUAGUUAUCUAUUACUUCCAAGGUGACUACUAUCAUAAUGAUGGAAAUCGCGCACUGAGAUUGCGCAGCAGCAAGGUGAAGCACUCUGCCUCAGACCAGUACAAUGGAGGCGGCGGAGCACACGAGGCUCUGACGCAUCGCGACAAUGAACACCACAGUUCGCUUAAGAAUGCAGAAGGAAGCAAUUCCGCAUUGGUCGGCAGCAGUAGCAGCAGUACCAGCAGUAGCAACGGUCACAACCUCCACAGUAGCAAUAGCAAUAGCAAUAGUAUUUUUAGUUAUAAUUCGCCCCCAAUGACAUGGGACUAUUUCGAUGAGGCCAGCUACAUUCAGAAAGGUGGUCUACAGCGCGGUGAAGAUCCGUACCUAAGGAAUCGCUUCAAUCAGCAGGCGAGCGAUGGUUUGAAAAGCAACCGUGAACUGCCAGACACUCGCAAUGCGAUGUGUCGUCGUACGACCUGGUCGGAGCCGGCCAGCAUCGCACAUCUGCCAGCGACCAGUGUGAUUAUCACGUUUCAUAAUGAGGCUCGCAGCACGCUGCUACGGACGGUGGUGAGCGUGCUAAACCGUUCGCCGGAAAGGUUGAUACACGAGAUUAUACUGGUGGAUGACUAUUCCGACUUUCCGGAGGAUGGGCAAGAGUUGGCCAAAAUUCAAAAGGUGCGGCUGAUAAGGAAUAGUAAGCGAGAGGGCUUGGUACGAUCACGGGUUACGGGUGCUUCGGCCGCCACUGCAAAGGUGCUCACAUUCCUGGACAGUCACUGUGAAUGUAACGUGAACUGGCUCGAACCGUUGCUGGCGCGGGUAGCCGAGGAUCCAACGCGUGUUGUUUGUCCAGUGAUCGACGUGAUUAGCAUGGAUACGUUCCAGUAUAUAGGUGCAUCUGCAGAUCUCCGUGGAGGGUUCGAUUGGAACCUGGUGUUCAAGUGGGAAUAUUUGAGUAAUGCCGAACGAAAGGCAAGACAGCGCGAUCCUACGGCCCCCAUUCGAACACCCAUGAUUGCGGGCGGUCUGUUCGUGAUCGAUAAAGCGUACUUCGAGCGACUCGGCACCUAUGAUACGCAGAUGGAUAUCUGGGGCGGAGAAAAUCUCGAAAUCAGUUUCCGUGUGUGGCAGUGUGGAGGAUCGCUGGAAAUAAUCCCGUGCAGCCGGGUUGGACACGUGUUCCGUAAGCGUCAUCCGUACACGUUCCCCGGUGGAGGGAGUGGAAACAUUUUCGCCAAAAACACGCGGCGUGCCGCAGAGGUGUGGAUGGAUGAGUACAAAAAGUACUAUUACGCAGCGGUUCCGUUGGCAACCAACAUUCCUUUCGGUGACAUCGACGAUCGACUGCAGCUGCGACGGGAUCUGCAGUGUAAGCCGUUCCGAUGGUAUCUGGAACAUGUCUAUCCACAGCUGGGCAUACCGGAACGCCGGAAUAAUGGUAGUUUACGGCAGGGUGUAUACUGCCUAGAUAGUUUAGGCAACGUGGCCGGUGCAGUCGUUGGCCUGUAUACGUGUCACGGAAAUGGCGGUAACCAGAACUGGGUGCUCAAUAGAAAGGGGGAACUGAAGCAUCAUGAUCUCUGUCUGACGCUGGUCAAAUUUACCAUCAGCGCCCGAUACAACAGCGUGCUAAUGAAGUAUUGUGACGAUUCGGAGAAUCAGCAGUGGCAUCUGAAGGAUGGGGGACUGAUACAGCACCGCAAGAUCAACGUUUGUCUUGAUUCGCGACACAUGAAGGAACGAGGCAUCACGGCCGAACGGUGCAAUUCCGCGCUUGAAUCGCAACACUGGAAGGUUGUGACGGAGGCGCAGUAAGCUUGUUCAUUGAUGGGGAUGAUUUUCUUACAUGCGGAACCCGACAUGUUGGUCCGUGGACGCUGAUAGUCAGCGAGUGACGUGUUCCGUGUUCUUUGUUGUUAUAUACAUACAUUCUAUUCAACAACUCCUGAUAUGCAGAUAUUAGAUAGUACGAAAGCGUAGCAUUGUGACACUAUAGAGAGUUUAAGAAGUAUGGUGAGCUCGUGAAUCGAUUCAACUUUUGCAUCAACGUAGAUUCACGCAAUUGAAAG